AUGUCGGAGAUGCUGCAGUGGAAGUUGAAGGGCACCAGCUCUGCCUUCAGCACUUCGAGGCUGGUGCAUUUGCCGUGCACGGUGAGGAUCGCCCGAGAGAAGCUCAAGGAGGAGUGCGGCCUACAGAACGUUACGGCAAUCGACUUCGUGCUGUAUCUGCCGUCGAACGAGCCUGAAGUCCUACCGGACAGCUACAGCCUGGGCGAGCAGUGCCAAGUGCUUGUUGCCCGCUGCCCUGCAGCUGAGGCGCGGAAACUGUUGGAGGCCGCUGAGAAACGAUUCGCAGUCCCUGGCAUAGCCGCCUCCACCAGCAAAUCGGAGUCAAAUACGGGCAGCAUAUCUCGAAUCGCAACGACAGUCUCCAUGGCGCAAAGCAGCUCGGCGACAAUUUCGUCUCGGCCUUCUAUGGAAUCUCAAACGCAAGAGUCCAACGCGGAAUCCCUGAACGGGGAAACUGUGGAAGAUAGGAAGCUUACGGCAUUCGUCGGGGGGUCUCCUACUAUUACGAGGCAACGCACGGCUGGCGAGUUUGACGAUGCCACUACACACAGCUCGUUAUCGGAGCCGUCGCUGUUAAAUGGCGGCGCGUCUUCAGUGAAUGCAGAGUCUGCCAUCGAUUCCGACGAUGAGGACAGCCGUAUCCGGGCCGCCAUGCAAGAACGCGACUUCUAUGGUGGGGAGAGCACGGAAGCGGUUUCGCGUCGAUACUAUCGCCAUAGAACGUUAGCGGCGCCAGGAGCGCCUGUUACAGGUGGCGCACCCCGUGGUGUUAGAAGGCUGUCACACUCUCACGCUAGCUAUUCGACACCUGGUCACCGGUUCGACCACGGCGCCGCAGAGGUCAUACCGGUGGCCGAGAACUACGUCUGCCAUCUGUGCGGGCAGCGCGGCCACCACAUCAGGAAUUGCACGCAAUCGGAUGGCAAGAAGCCGCACAAGAAGGUCCGGCUUGCGACGGGCAUCCCUGUGGACUUCUUGCAAGUCAUCGGGGAGGACGAGAUCGGCAACUACGGCGAGGUGUACCUCCUCAGGACUGGCGAGUUCGCCGUCAUGAAGGACAUGUCGAGGGUUUCGGGCGGUGCAUUUUUCACCAAGUCUGCCGACCAACGGAUCCAGAGUCAGCUUGGUCUGAGCGAGGCCGAGUCGAAGAACAUGGUGCGCAGUUUGCGCUGCAGCAUCUGCAACAACUUCUUCAACAACCCGGUGGCAGUGUUGUGCUGCGGGGUAUCGUUCUGCCUCGAAUGCGUAGUCGACCGUGCUGGCGGCCGCGCCAAGAUCGACCUCAGCCGCAUCUACCACUGCCCCCGAUGUCAGAGCGAGCUGCAUUUUUCCGACCUGCAAGCGAACACGGCGCUGAAGAACGCCGUCGACGACUUGGUGCUCCGCAAAAGCGGGGAGCCGAAGUCGCGGGACACCCCCGUUACGGCGAAGCGCAGUGCCACCCGUGCUGAGGUGAAGGGCAAGGAUCUGGUGGAUGUUUCAUUUCUCAAAAAGCAGAAAACGUUGGCUUCGGAGUACCUGACCAAACUUCGGCAGUGA